GAACUCCUUAAUGCAAGAAAACGUGAGAUUAACACUGAAGAUCAUCUCAAACAAGUUGGUAAGUCAUUAUCUGUAUAGGUACCGCACUUGCCAUCUCACGAUGGUCUCUCAGCGUUUAGUCAGAGCGAGCGUCAGGUUUUGUGCCGUCUGUCUCUAUCUUGUUGCUUUCCGACUGCUUGCUAAGCGUCUGUUUGAAAGUUAGAAGAAUGAUGUGCAUGGAGUUCCAGCGUUGGCCGCAGUGUUGAAUAUUUCCUCACUGUUUGCCUCCUAGAUGGCCGUCAGAUCUCUUUUGCAGACGUCUUUGAAGCGUAUAGUUAAGCUCUGUUCGUGGGAGGCUUUCCUUGAGCCCCGCUCUCUCACAGGUGCUAUUCAGUCACGCUAAGUCAAACGUGAGCAUAUUUUCGCCACGAAAUUUCAUCAGAUCAAUACUUUUUAUACUUUAUGUCUAGCUGAACGAGAAGAAGGAAGAUUGCGUAAUGAAAUGAAGCGAAUACAAAAUGACUUGAAUGAACUGGAUAGUCGGAGAAACAUCGCAGAGGUAUAUAUUCUCCGUUGACGCAUUUAUAUGACAAAUGAGCGACCUAUAUAUUAGAUUAAAGAAUCAAGAAAGAACUAAAGUUUUUGUGCAUUAGAACGGCUAUUGCCAAUUAGUAAUUUUACAUUUUUUAUUUUUUAAUUGAGCAAAAGUAUAAUAUAUGCAUUCCGUAACAGUUUAAUUGGAUCUCGGUAUUUUUUCUAGGCACCUCAAAUCGAACUGAUCCUUUGGACAGUUCUUGUGAUCUUUCUUGCCAAAUUUUUACCUACUUUUAGUACUUUAAAUUAUGCUGGCUUAAGUAUUUGAAUGGGGUUGAAAUGUGACAUGAUGUUAAUCAAUUAUUUAGAACAACAUAUUUACGAAGACAAAACAAUUGGAGGAACUAAAAUCUCAAAUGAACUGGGAUCAGAAAGCUUUAGAAGCUUGGUUAGAAGAAUCUGCAAGAAGGGACGAAGAUGCUUUGAUUCUUGAGAAAUACACUCGAUCUGAUGAAAGUAAAGUUAAGGUAGAGUAUUCAUAAUUAUAGUUAUUAAUAGUAUAACAAGUAUUUGAGACAAAGUUAAGAAGUAAGAAGCUUUGAUUCUUGAGACUUAUACUCGUUCUGAUGAAGUAACAUUUAAUGAAACUUUCAAUACCCAUACCUGUUCAUCCAUGCCAUAUUCAUUUGAAUGUGCAUGGUGAAACUUUGCAUUACUAUUAAUCUUAAUUCUUUUGGGGAUUUAUUUCUUACUUGUUAGUUUUUUUUACACUUGAUUUGACCCAGCUCACCCUUGGAAAUAUUUUGCCGUAUCAUUUGAAUAUUUCGAUGUUUCUUCGAAUGUUUUGUCCAUGCUUGUUGCGGAAACGACAAUUGCUUUCCAGGAAGCAAAACGUUUUCCCGACAAUUCAGAACAUGAUGUCAGAACAUGACAAUGUUUGCUAGUUUGCCAUGUAGGAGUUAAGUCACCAGCAGGACACUGUGAUCACCAGUCACUUUUUCUUUAGUCACUGUCGUUGAAAACAGAAAAGAUGACAGAAGAAAGUCAAAAGAAACGUCGAGAUCUGGAACAUGAAUUAAGUCGUACUUCAACUGCACAGGUAAGGUAUAGAUGAUCAAUGAUGUGUCGUGUCCUGUUAACAUUUCCUUACGCUCAUUUCUCUACUAUAAUAUUUCUACUUUUAUUAUAUGUGUUUCUAAAUUAUCACUCUGCAUAAUAUAAACCUCUAAGACUUUCCUGUUUGCAUGUACCAUACAGUAUAUGGUAAUAUUGGAGUUUUUCCGAUAACAAAACAAUUGAAUAUUAACUUUGUCUACUACACUGACCGUCCGGGAUCAUCAUCAGCCUCUCUCACUGCUUUAUAAUAAAAUAAUCUGACCAACACUCAGUUUUCUUAAUGCGUGUUUCAAAUGCUUCAAUGUUUAGGUUGAGUUGGAUAAAACAGCUGAAGAAUUUCGUAAGAUCCACGCAGAACGUCAAGAACUUCUCGAGCAAUGGGAGAGUACUAUUGAACAGAUGCAGAAACGUGACAGAGAAAUGGAUCAGUUGGCUGUGGUAUGUAAAUUAAAAGCCUAAUGAUCAAACACGACGAUGAAAAAUGCAGAAGUGUAUAUAGUGUAGCAGUUAUUUACCAUUUGACAUUUGUGCUUCGCGAAGUAAAGGUUUUGGAAAAAAAAGUGAUAAGAAGAGGAAACUAACAUAAAUGAAGAAAGGUUGGAAGGCAGAGUUUCCACUACUCAGUCUUAUUUUUUGUAUUUUUAGCAAUCAACAAAAUACACCGUGAUAAUCGAAGCAACAAAAUAGCUUUGUAUAGCAUGACACCUGCCGAGUGGAUAACUUUCUUUCCCAACUGAAAUAAUUACGAUGUGAUCAAAUGACAAACACGACUUGUUUUUGUUUAUUUCUCUGCUACCACUUAGCGCUCCCAUUGGCCAUCAAGUAAAAACGUAAGGACACGCCCCCUUCUUGGAAGCGACGCUGACCACUGUGGAUGAUUAAUCGAUUUAAUCGAUUGUUGAUGACGAUUAAUCGAUUACGAUAAUGAACGGAUGGGAACAUCUCUACUCCGUCUAAACUUUGUUUUCUUCACAUUUCUUUGAACUCGGGAGAGAUUCGAACUUCAAUGAAAAUGGGAGCGUGAAAAAUUAAACCCACUGCAAAACUGACCUUUAUUUUCGCGGUUACUCCAGCUCUUUCGAUUGUUUUAUUUAGUUUCGCCAGUUUUUUAAAAGGGAAGACGAAGACUUUUAUAUAAUAUGUAGUUUUACUUUGUCCCACAUAGUUGUUGUCCGUAGCAAUAUACCCUUCCAGCAAGAACGUCACUUUGGCUAUACAGCCUCAUUUUCGUGUACGCGACAUUAGCAUAAUGUGUCAGUCACGAAAACGAGGCUCUAUGGCCAAGAUGACGUACAUUCUGGAAGUAUUGUGAAAAUGUUAUACUUAACGAGUAAACGUACCAUGUGAUAUUAUGUAGAGACUUGCUGAAUUCCGACUGGAAGUAAGAUCAAAAGAGGAUUUAAUUCAAGAUAGACAGGUGAGGGUGUGCCUAUAAAGAUUCCACUUUGACAUUGACAGCUUAUCCUGACGAUUUCUAGGAAUAAAAUUUCUAGAAGCUCUGCCAGCAUAUCCCAACAUGUGUCAAAGCUUAUAAUUGAUGUAUUGAAAUGUCCGUUAGUGGUAAUGUCCAUGACGUGGUUGUGGUAGUAAUGUCGUAAAAUACAGACCCUUUCUAGUACGGACAACAGACUCACAUAGAACAAAUACGAUCUAACCUGAUCAGGUGAUUAAAGUGAGAAAUUUUCUGUUUGCAGUAACGAAUUAACUAAAUUAGAGAGGUUCAACUAUAUGAAAUGUAAUUUUUCCAAUUACCUCGUUAUGUCAUUUUGUAGAAUUUUCUUGACAAUGAAUUGAAUAAUAACGCUGAAAAAGAGAAGAAAGUGUCGAAUUCCGAAAGACAGUCUGCAAAACUACGUCUACACUAUCAAGAUGCUGAGAAUGAUAGAGUUCGUUUCCAAGAUGAGGUACACUCAAUUCAACAUUUUUAAAUCCCAAAGGAGUGAAUCAAAUUCAAACCCGAAGACUGAAAGCAACUGCAAAGGACUGCAGGUUUUGAGGUUGUGGAAUUGCAGGUUUGAUUUCUACCAGAGCGCCCAAAGUUGUAUUUUUCGCAACUGCUCCUGGUCAGGUCUAAUCUACAAUAGGCAAUUCCAGCUAUAGACUAGAUUUUGAUCUAGGCAAGAAGAACAAAAUACAUCACCACAGCUAGAAAGAGCAUGUUAAAAUUAGUAAAAUUGCAAAGUUUGGUUGCGAAAUGUUGUAAAAUGAGGAAAAUAUAGCCCUGUGAAGUUCGCAAAUUUUGUAUAGAUUUGUAUUACGCGCGUGAAAAAUAACCACUUUUCACUUAUCUACAAUUAGUUCUAUCGAAAAAAUCCCAAAUCCUGAUAUUUCCCCUGUUCUCAGUUAACUUGAACGAUCUGUGCCAGCGUAGCUAGCGCCAAAAACUGAAGAAAACUGUGAUGAGCAGGGAUUCAACUCCCUGAAAAAUACAAGGAAAAUUUCGCUGGAAAUGUCGAAAUUGUUCUUGUAUUUUUCAGGAAGUUGAAUCCCUAGCCAUCUACAGUUCUAUGCUGUUCCCAGUAUGCAUGUUCCGCUCCUAGGGCUGGGUUCAACUAGACUGGGUUUUAAGUGUCAUUGUGUGAACACACCAAAUAUGGAUCAUGGAUAUAUCCAGUGUAGAUACGUGAAUACCAGUUCAUAUAAAGAUUCCAUUUGUAUAUUAUUAUGAACCUUGUCUGUGUUCCAUGUAGCUUGAGACACUCAAGUAUUCUGUGGAUAGAACUGGUAAAGAUCUCAAUAACGCUCGUGAUAAAUCUAAUACUCUCAAGAAGGAGGUCAGAACACGGCAAGAAAAGUAAGUUCACAUGUAUGGCAGUCUAGACAUUAAAAUAGUAAAGUUUGUAAUACGUUGCAAUAAAGUCAUAUCCAUGCGUAAAAAUAGUAAUAGAUUGGUAAUCGCGGAGCUCGAAAUCUGAUGUAGUAACAUUUCGUUUUCGUGAUCUUUGUAGACUUUCAGACGUUCAAAAUGAGCGUGACAUGUUGAAUCUGAGAUUAAAAGAAACAAUAGAAUCCACUAUGACGGCAGAAGAACGAGCAUUUGCGAUGGAACAAUUACUGAAAGAAGAGCAAGCCAGAAUACAACAAGUUGAAAAAGAAUUAGCAAGACUUCGUGAAAUACAGGUUCGACUCAUCACUUUCACCACAGCCCGUCUAUGUCGUCUUCCUCGUCCCCACUUGCUUUAUAUGAAUUCAGGGAGGAGAGCAUCAAUGAGUUGAUUGCAGGCGCGUUACGAAUGAUGGGAAGGCAUCAUGCAUCACAAAGUUCAAUUAUUUUCCCAACUACUGAUCUAUAUAUGCCACUGAUAUGUGCCAUAAUUAGAGCCUGUGGAAGAGGCAUGCGUGAGAUCCAGAAUAACUACAAGAGCUAAUGCAGUUGCGUUUCUGGUAAAUAGACCCAUUGCACUGACGUCACAAAUCUUUAGAGUGUCCUACAACAACCACAUACAGCGCAAAAAUUAACCAUUUUAAUACAAAAUAAUUAUAGUUUUACAAAAUUUGCUUUGUUUACAAAAGUUAUAUUAUGGAUAGAUUGCUCAUUUGUCCUCCUGGGGCCGGUUGUACGAAGGUCGGAUAGCGCUAUCCACCCAAUAGUGAUUUUUUCAACCUUUGUAAAAUGCUUGAAAAACUGUGAAACUACGGAUAUAGACGACACAAGAAGUAUAAAAAACAUUUAACUUAUAAAUACUAAACUUUAAUACGAGUUAUACCAAUCAACGACUGAUUUAACAAAGCUUGAAAAAAUCACUAUCCGGUGGAUAGCGCUAUCCGGCCUUCGUACAUCCGGCCCCAGAAGUAUCGUCACCGGCGCUGUGACGUCAUGUGCAAAGGGUCUAUUGCUUGCCCUAGCUAAAUGAGGACAAUCACUAUGACAAAGUCUACCGACCCUUUUGUUUAAAAUAUUUCCUUUUUGUAUUUUAGUUUCGCAAAACUGAAGAACUACACACCUGUAAAAUGAAGGAACAGAAUACAUCUGCAGAAAUUCAGGUACAUUAUAUAGUAUACUUGUUACAUAUAAACAGAAUGAUAAUGUGUGUUUCUUCUAACCGUGGUUUGUCUGAAACGUCGUUACAACAUUUGUUGCGUUCCCUACAGGGAUCCAGAGCUGCGUCAAGAAAUCUAAGCAGUAAGCUGCAUAAAUUGGAUCAAGACUCUCUGAAACAACAAGAAAUCCUUUACAUGCAGGUAAAAGUAUACUCGUACAAACCUGGCCAACCAUUUUGGGGUGCUGCCUCUUCUAAAGCCCAUUCUCCACUACGCGAAUUUGCUAAACGAAGCGAAAAACAAAUCUUGGCAAUGUGAUUGUUCCAUGAAAAAUAGUGGAAAUGAGCUUAAGGGGGGACGCACCGCGGAAUUUUUCUCACUGUGGUUGUGUUUAUAAUGGUAAAAUUACAGUUGGCAUACAGUUAUAACUUGGAAAAGUCGCUUUUCACGUUGUUUAGAUUCAUGUCCAUAUUCUCUGAGGUGGGAAGACACUAUCCCACAAAUGGCGGAUAUGCGUCUGCGUGCGAAAGGCUUAUUCUCUUCAUUAUAUGUAGUACUCUUAAUAAAUGGUAUUUGGUGACCAAUAAACAGAAUUGAGAGAUGAGUUUACUUGCUCAUCUAAGACAUUUCUAUAUUAUACACAAUUGUCUGCUUCUAACCUACUUUAUUUACACCAUGAUCCCAAUAUGAUAACAUUCUUUCUGUUUCGACAAAUAGGACUUUCAGAUUCAGCAGCUCGAGAGAAAAUUUAUGCGGAUGCAAGGAGAGAGAAGCAAUGAAGAAAAACAACUUCUGGAAGAAAAAAUUAAGGUAGGAUAAAAGUUGAGCUGAGUUGUCUUUCAGAGUUUGGCGGUCUUCAACGUACAGUAUAGAGCGAAUUGUCUGUAUUUUUUGAAAAAGGACUAGUGGAAGGUAUAAAGUUGGGAAGGCAUUAGGUUAGACAUCGUUAUCAUUCCUGAUAGUUAAGGCGUCUUUUUGUCGAACAUUCAUGACCUAAAUAGUUAAAUCUAACGACAUUGAGCUAAAUCAGUCGUUUUAGGCACCAGUGGCCAGUUCAAAGGUGGGUGGGUGUUUUAGUUUGUGUAUUUCUGCACGCCCGUUUAUUUCAAAACUUCAGAGAAGUAAACUCCUAUCGAUCAAGACAAGAUCUCUGAAGAAAUAUUUCCAAAUUUAUAGACAAGCUGUGAGGAAGUUUGCUUUGAAUUUUAUGUUAGGUUAAACUAACCCAGCUUUGAACAACCGGCCCCAGACAAAUUAUGAUUACAUUUGACUUGUGAAAAGGUAGAGUUCUUAACAUGCCCUAACUCUACAGUAUAUAUUCUAGCGUUUUCAGGCCCUUGAACCAGUACGUGGUCAGUAUAGCAAUAUAAUAUCGCUGGAUAUACCUCUGCCCUCAUUAAGUUCAUUUCUUAUAUGUUAUUGUCGUCAAUUUUAGGAAUUAUCCAGUCAACUAGAAGAACAAAAUUCAGUUCAUGCUUUGUUAACAGCGCAGAUGAAAAAACUUGGUGUAAGUAGACGUCUUAGUAUGGCUGUUUGAAUGACAGUCAUAUAUCUACGUGUUGUUUUAUAAUUUGAAAGUUUAGCUCAUCGAAGUCUCGUGAAUUAUUUAGGACGAUCUAAGGAGAGAAAAACGUUACUUAGCGAGCGGUGAUGAAGAAAAGUCGGACCUUAUUAGUAAAAUUGGUAAGUGUUUUAUUGUAAAUACAUAUAAAUACAUCCUGCACUCAUUCUGUAGUGCCACUGUCUCACAAAUUGUAAUUAACCUUAGAUGUCCUUACAUCACCAUGCACACAGUCAGACAUUGAUUAUUUGUAAUUAUUAGUAAUCACAUGUAUCCCACAUUGCAUUGCGUAUACAGAAUGUUUUGAUGGAUUGGAAAUUGCGUGACGUAAGCACCUCCGACAAUGACAGCACUAAACUGAGAUGUUGCUUUUAUUUAGAGGAGCUCGAUCUGCACAAUGACAGUUCCCAAAGAGAAUUCAAGAAAAUUAUCAAAAAUAAAGAGGUACAUCACGUUAAGAAGUUUUACACAUCUUCCUGAACAUGUUGUUUUUGUUGAUUUUCACUCCCAAGCUUAAUACUUAUUGACAGGACUUGGAAACAGUAUGUUCUGUGGACCUGAGACUGCAUGCCAAUGUUUACCAAAGCAAAGUGGAGGAUUCACAAAACAUACUAUUUCUAGAAAGCUCUAGAAAACUGAACGAUUUUAUUAUUCACCUGUGGAUAAAAUUAAUGUCCAUCGGUCAGAGCUACUGCCAGAAGACAGUCGAAUUUCAUGACUUUCACGUGUACGCUCUCAUCGAACGAGAUGCAUGAACCAUUGAUACUUGGUAUAUUAUAAUUCCUGCAAAAUAUGCUUUUACGUACUUGGGCAUGAUCUUACCAUCAUAUUUUUAAGAGAUAAGGCCAGUUGAAACGAGACCAACAUCAACAUGUUGAACACUAUGUUGAACGUUCAACGUUUGAACACUAUAUUGGCUAUUGUUGGAAGAUGUUGGAUCGAGUUUGACUUUGUUUAAAAUUUCCAUCAACAUUGUGCAACAUUUGAUGAUUACGUGUGAUCAUUCACACGCUCUCCCAACAUUCUAAUAUAGUGCUUUAAAUUAUAGAUUUCAAUGUUUAUUUUCUAGGAAGCAAUGGUUGAUAAAAAUAUCUUGAAGAAAUUAUAGAUUUUAAUGUUUAUUUUCUAGGAAGCAAUGGUUGAUGAAAAUAUCUUGAAGCUGGAGAUCAAGAGACUGCGAGAGUUCUUGAGUGGCAAGGCUGAUAAUGUUUUAAGUUUAGAGAAAAGAAAGUUGAGAUUGGAAGCAGUAAGUACAUUGCAAUAUCCUACAAUGACGUGACGACUUUGAAAAGUGAAGAUGAAAUAUUUUAUUGAAGGUUUCAUAAGCGAGGUUUCACUUAGCCUGCAUGGCAGGCGGUAUUUCCUACGUACCGCCUGCCAUGCAGGCGAGGUUUCACUAGAAACAAGCUUUCGUUGGUAAGGAUGCAACUACCUGAAAAAUACAAGAAAUUCAACUUUUCGAGCAACGAAGGGCCGAAGAAUGGCCUUUGCAUCAGGUAGUUGCAACCCUACCAAGUUUUAUUCAUAUUGGCAUUACCUAGACUGGCACAGACAGUUGAAAAGUUUCACUCUUAAUUAAUAUCAUUAUUGUGCACUGUGCAGCCAAUGAUGGUCAACUGGCAGUGGUGAAUUAGUGAAAAAUAAUGUAGUAGUCUUGUCAUGGUUAUUUGAAACUAGUGAGAGAUAUUCACCUUGCUCUUAUAACGUUUCAACAUUUGUGAAGUUGGCCACCUUUCAAGCUGCCUACCUACAUCGUAACUAGUUAAUUAUAAUUAACGAGUUGUUUCCUAAUAUGUGCUGCUUGUUUCUUUGCAAGUCAAUGAAUCAGCGACGCCAGGAGAUCAAAGAUCAUAAAGAUAUGCUUCGUGCUCAAAUAAAGAGCGCCAACGAAGAAAGACAGACUGUUAGGUAAGAAUCAAUAAAUCAAAGAUGCCAGAUCAAUUUUUUCGGGCUCACAGUGAUCAGCUCACGCUGUUGCGGUCACCCUGCCUAUAGUCAUGUACAUUACUCUUGUUCUUGUUAUAGUAAGGUGUAUUGUAAUAUGGCGAAAUUAAUAAUAAAUAAAAUAAAAAAAUAAAAUCAACACACGGUGUUUAGUAACUAGUGUAGCAGGGUGUUUAGUAACUAGUGUAGCAGGGUGUUUAGUAGCUAUAGUGUAGCAGGAUGUUUAGUAACUAGCGUAGCAGGAUGUUUAGUAACUAGUGUAGCAGGGUGUUUAGUAACUAGUGUAGCAGGGUGUUUAGUGACUAGUGUAGCAGGGUGUUUAGUAACUAGUGUAGCAGGGUGUUUAGUAACUAGUGUAGCAGGGUGUUUAGUAACUAGUGUAGCAGGGUGUUUAGUAACUAGUGUAGCAGGGUGUUUAGUAACUAGUGUAGUAGGGUGUUUAGUAGCUAUAGUGUAGCAGGAUGUUUAGUAACUAGCGUAGCAGGAUGUUUAGUAACUAGUGUAGCAGGGUGUUUAGUAACUAGUGUAGCAGGGUGUUUAGUGACUAGUGUAGCAGGGUGUUUAGUAACUAGUGUAGCAGGGUGUUUAGUAACUAGUGUAGCAGGGUGUUUAGUAACUAGCGUAGCAGGAUGUUUAGUAACUAGUGUAGCAGGGUGUUUAGUAACUAGUGUAGCAGGGUGUUUAGUAACUAGUGUAGCAGGGUGUUUAGUGACUGACGUAUGUUUUAUUCUUUUAGCGGGGAGCUUCAUGAUCGUAUAUCCAAAAUCGAAAAACUGAGGAAAAGGUUGGUGCAAAUUUUAAAAUAAUUUUAAUCCAACAUCAGAAAAUGUUUGCACGGGUUAGGCGACAGUAACAACGCUUAGGAUAAGGUUCGUUCGUGCCACUUUUCUACCAUCAUUGCUGUAUGGCCGUUUUCCACACCCAAACAAGAUUUCUGAAGACAUAUUUCCAAGUUCAUAACCAAGCUGCUGGAAGUAGCGCCGAAUCUACAGUACUCUAAGGCGCUUUACAUUCAUACCACAUUAAAAAUAUGGACAAAACCUAAUUUACUAGUAAAAGAGUUUAAAAAGUUUAAAAAUGUGACCUAGACCUAAUUUACUUAUAAGAAAGUUCAAAAAAGUGCGUUUUUAAACGUCUUUUAAAAAUGUUAAAACUCGUCUCAAGUCUCAAGCUGUCUGGUAAAUUGUUCCAUAGUGUUGGGCCAGAUCUUCCAAAACAUCGUCCACCUUGGGUAACCUUCUUAAACCUAGGGAUAACCAAAAGGUUUUUGUCAUCUGCUCUAGUGCCUUUGUUUUCACGCUUUUUUAACAGUUCAGAUAAGUACUCUGGUGCAGUUCCUUGGAGACAUUUAAACACAAGUAACAGAAUUUUGUACUCUAUUCUCUUUUUCACUGGUAACCAGUGGAGUCUUUCCAAUACCGGUGUAAUAUGGUCGUACUUUCUUGUUCCUGUGAUUAAUCGUGCAGCCAGCUUUUGCACACUAUAUAACCUGUCCAAGUAACAAUUUGGUAACCCAUAUAGAAUAGCAUUACAAUAGUCAAGCCUUGAUGUAAUCAUACUGUGUACCAUUAUUUUUGCUGCAUCUUCAGUAAUACAUUUUCUAAUCUUACGCAUAUUGCGGAGCUUGAAAAAACAACUUUUCGCAACAUUACGAACAUGACUCUUUAAGGUAAGCUUGUCAUCAAGUUCUACUCCUAGGAGAGUUACUGAUUCUGAUUUAACAAUACUUUCGUUUUCGAUUGACAAGCAAGGAAAAUCAGAGCAGUCUCGACGAGGACCUGUCAAAACCAGGAACUUUGUUUUAUCAUCAUUGAGCUUCACCAUGUUCUUUGUCAUCCAAGUUUUUAUGUCAUGCAUCAGAGAUUCCAUUCUAUCGAUGGUUUCCAAUCUAUUUUCAUACUUAAAGGAUAUGUAUAGUUGGCAAUCAUCAGCAUAUAUAUGAAACUGUACAUUGUGUUUGCGUGCAAUAUCCCCCAGUGGCAAUAUGUAUAGUGUAAAAAGUUUUGGGCCAAGGACAGAUCCCUGGGGGACACCAAAGUUUACACGUUUUAUAUCUGAACGUUUUCCAUCAAUAAUAACUCUUGUUGUACGGUCGCUGAGAUAGGAACGAAACCAAUUCAAACACUGCCCAGAGACACCCAAUCGACUUUCGAGCAGACGCAAGCUAGGAUUAAGCUAACUAGCUUUUAAACAACCGACCCCAGAGAACAAUGUGACUGUGUAGCAUUUGAGAUGUUUAGAUUUAACCUAGGAUUAAGCUAACUAGCUUUUAAACAACCGACCCCAGAGAACAAUGUGACUGUGUAGCAUUUGAGAUGUUUAGAUUUAACCUAGGAUUAAGCUAACUAGCUUUUAAACAACCGACCCCAGAGAACAAUGUGACUGUGUAGCAUUUGAGAGGUUUAGAUUUAACCUAGGAUUAAGCUAACUAGCUUUUAAACAACCGACCCCAGAGAACAGUGUGACUGUGUAGCAUUUGAGAGGUUUAGAUUUGACUUCCAUUACCUCUACCGUUACCAUUAAGGGAUCUUCUACCAAUCAGAGGCGUUUGAUAUAUCCGGUUAACCAAUCAGAUGCGUGCUAAGCCAACGAGCGGUAGUGGAAGGCAAAUCUGAACCUCUCUAUCUCUCUACACGGCAAAAAACGCCGAGCCCGUUCCUCAACAGGACUGAACAAUGUUUUGCUGCCCACGUUGUUCACACUUGUCAACAAUAUUGAACAAUGUUGUUGAGUCUGAAUCGGGUGUAACAAUAUUGUUCAAUAUUGUUGACAGCUAUGAACAAUGUGGGCAGCAAAACAUUGUUCAAUCCUGUUUUCAUCAGUAUUGCAUCAACCUGAGCGUUUUUUGCCGUGUAGCAAACGAUAAGCUCGUAGUCGUACUAGUAUUCAAAGCUCCAUCUGAACGUAUAUUCGUAGAUACGAGAUCUUGAUGGUCUCCAUGGCUCCACCCGAAGGAGAAGAGGAGAAAUCUCAGGCAUAUUACGUCAUCAAAGCAGCUCAAGAGAAAGAAGAGUUACAACGCGAGGGAGAUGAGUUAGACGCGAAAAUAAGGAAAGCUGAAAAAGAAAUAAGGUACACUAUUUGUAACCGAUAAUGGAACCUCAAUUUUACACUGCCAUCAUUUGCGUGGUUUAUUCUCCGAUCCGAGCCGCGUUAUCGAUUUUUCAUCUUCAUAUUUGGUAGAAAUGGACCUCAGAAUUGAAACCGUUAUGAUCAAAUUAGUCGAACAUUUCCAACACUUUACCAACACUUUACCAACUCACGUCCAAACAUCGUGCAAUUUUUGGGAUAGACUAAUUUGGGCAUGAAAAUUUCAAUUAUAAUACUUUUUACUUGUGGAAACACCACUUAAAUUUAUUACUGCAAAACUUUCGAUCCGUAAGCUUGGAGCCUCGGAUCUUCAUGGGUGCUAAUAAUAAGAUUUCAAUUCUUGGGUCCUUUUUUGGCAAGAUCUGUAGAUAGUGAGAUGAAAAAUUGAUGACGUCAACUGGGAUCGGAGAAUACACCCUUCUGGAAAGUAUUUCAUUUUGGCCAUAGAGCCUCGUUUUCGUGUACGCGACAUUAUUUCAUUAAAACAUAACGUGUCAAUAAGGAUUUUAAAAAGUGUCUAUUCGACGUUUCGACUAGAUUUUAGUCAUCAUCAUGAUAAGAAAUCCUUUAAGUUUGCAUUGCAGCUCUGCAAUUGAAUAUAUACAGUAUAUAUGUAUUAUUUAAAAGACGAGCAGGAGUGCUUUAUCAGAUAUAAAACACGAGAGCGCAGCUCGAGUAUAUCUGAUAAAACACGGACUGCGAAUGUUUUAAAUAGCUUAAAAAACGACGCAUCUAAUGAGUUCAUUGGCGAAGUAAUUUUAAAACUAAACAUUGUCUAAGCCGAGAAAAUCAAAGCUAAAGUUUAUGUAAAUGAACAAUCACCAGAAACCACCGACAUGGUAGUGAUUUCUUUUCUAGUCUUUUCCUCAUGAAUGUUUGGGAAUUUGAUCAAAUUUUAAAAUAAAUUUCAGAGCGCUGGAGAAUACGCUGCGUCUGAUGAACGGCCGAAAUGAGAAUUACCGCAAGAGUUUUAACAAAGUCGACCAGACAAGUGACGAAUACGAAGAGAAAGAAAAACUGGAAGAACAACUCAGAGCAAUGAUGGAGAAAUAUAAGUUCAAACGAAGACAGAUCCGUGAAGUCCAGGAAGACCUGGAAACAAUGAACAGUUCUUUAAAUACGUUAGCUAAAGAUGAACAAGAUUUAGUGGAACUACUCAAGGAACGACAAACCAAGAUGGCGCAUUUGGAGAACGAGCUGAAUGAUCAGAAAGCGAAGCAAGAGAGAACAAGAAAACACAACAGUCGUAUGGUACGAGAUAUCAGGAGUGCGAAGAAAGUGAAAGGAGAGACACACGAGGAAAGAGAUAUAGAGCUAAGAGAGAUUCGUGAUUUUAAUACAGAUACCAUGAAACAGAUUGGUGUUGUAGUUCAGACGCAUGGUGAUAUGUCGGCUGCAACACAACUGUAUUUUAAUCAGGCUGGAUUACCUGCACCACCCUCACCCAGCCGCCUGGGAUCUCGUCCUUCAUCAGUACAAUCAUCUCGCAGCUUAUCACUCGCUUCUAACAGGUAGGCUGAGGCG